UGAUCGUCCAGGGUCCUCCCCGUUUGGAGCCGAUGCAACACUGUCGGCGACCUACGCUGCCUGCCUUAUCGCGGGUCGCCGCUGUCGGAGCCGGCCCGACGUCGAGAUAGCCACACCCGGCAUGCGACCACAUUUUUGCUGAUAAUAAUCUCCCCGGCCGGCGAUCAAGAGGAAGGAAUGUCUUCUCCCUUCUCGUCCCACGUCCAGCAGCAGCGCCGCCCACGACGGGGCUCGUCCUCUUCGACUCACAGCCAGUCGCCUCUCAUCAUGGCCGUCGCCCAGUCCUACAGCGGCAACGAAGCCACCACGAUGCCUGCAAAGGACAUGGCAGCAUCUCCAGGCGCUCCGCACGAUGGGGAUGAGGCCGCUCCUGCUGCCCCCAGCGGUCACUCGCACGAGCACCUCGUGGACCUCGACCAGUUCCCGGGCCUCGUCAAGGCCAUUGACUGGCACAUCAUGCCCCUGCUCUUUGUCACGUACCUCUUCAACUUCAUGGACAAGACCAUCCUCUCGAGCGCCGCCGUCUUUGGCCUGCGCGAGGACAACAGCCUCGUCGGCGACAACUACUCGUGGGUCUCGAGCGUCUUCUACUUUGGCUACUUCUUCUGGGCCUACCCGACCACCCUCCUCGUCGCCCGCCUCCCCGUCGGCAAGUACAUGGCCGUCAAUACCCUCUUCUGGGGCCUCGUCGUCGCUCUCACUGCCGCCUGCCACAACUAUGCCGGCCUGCUCACCGUCCGCUUCUUCCUCGGCGUCGCAGAGGCCACCAUCUCCCCGGCUCUCAUGUUCAUCACCUCGACCUGGUACACCCGUGACGAGGUCCCCUCCCGCACCGGCAUCUGGUUUGCCGGCAACUCGGUCGGCGGCCUCGUCUCGUCCCUCCUCGCCUACGGCAUCGGCCACAUCACCGACCGGGUCGGGCCCUGGCGGUGGAUGUUCAUCAUCCUCGGCGUCUGCACGUUUGUCUGGGGCUUUGUGCUCUACUUCUUCCUGCCCGACUCCAUCUCCACCGCCAAGUUCCUCUCCCCGGAGCAGCGCCAGCACGCCGCAGACCGCGUCGUCAUCUCGGGCACGGGCAGCACCGACAAGACCACCUGGCAGUGGGCCCAGAUGCUCGAGUGCCUGCGCGACCCCAAGACCUGGCUCAUCUGGAGCAUCUCGCUGCUCUGCCAGAUCCCCAACGGCGGCACCCAGACCUUUGCCAACCUCGUCAUCAAGUCCUUCGGCUUCACCUCGCUGCAGUCCACCCUCAUCAACAUCCCUUACUCGCUCAUCUCGGCCGGCUGCAUCGCGGGCACCGGCUACAUUGCCGGCCGCUUCCGCUCCAUGAACUGCAUCCUCGUCGCCCUCAUCGUGCUCCCCCCCGUCAUCGGCUGCGCCCUCAUCGGCUCCCGCGGUAAGAUCCCGCACGGUGUCUCGCUGUUCGGCUACUUCCUGCUCUCCACGGGGCCCUCCGCGCUGCCCCUGCUGCUCUCCCUCGUCCAGGCCAACUACCGCGGCGUCACCAAGAAGAUGACCAUGACGGCCAUGCUCUUCAUCGCGUACUGCGCCGGCAACAUCGCGGGGCCCCAGCUGUUCAAGGCGUCCGAGGAGCCCACGUACGACACGGCCUUCCGGGCCAUCAUGGUGUGCUACGCGCUCGUGGUGCUGCUCGCGGCCGUGCUGAGGGUGUAUCUCCAGGCCGUCAACAAGAGGCGCCAGCGCGAGGAGGGAAUCGAGGGCAGCUCUGGUGCCGCGGGGGCUGUGGGCGGGGGCAAGGUCGUUGACGACGGGAACGUGGUUGCUUCUGUUGGUGGCGACGUGAAUGGGCAACAGCAGGGAGGUCGGGAGGUGCAGCUGAGGCCGGAGGACUACGAGGAUGUCACGGACUGGAACACUUUUGGGUUCCGGUACCGGCUGUGAGUGUGUUGUUAUUUGGGCAACUUUGUCGCUUAUUUAGCAUAAAUGCUCACCGAGAUAUUAUUGUAAUCGAGAACGUGCCGUCGUCCCCGGUAUAGGGUGGCGGGUUUUUGAAACGGCCUUGGCGCAGUUGGCCGCUUGACGACCUGUGCCUAGAUCAGUCCUACUCAAUAUAUAUAAACUAUAUUCCCA